AUGUCUUCGUUCUCCGUCAGCAUGAAGAAAACGGAGGAGGUGCGCACCGACUAUGCCGAUGCGGACGAGAAGCGGUCGCUACCGAUUGGAGUGUACGAGUUGGAGAAUGGCUCGCUCAUAGACCUUUACGCGUACCAUGAGCAACGUGCCGGAAGUCUCGCAAUCGAUCCCGACGAAGCGAAGGCCGAAUUCGGUGCCGCCGUCGCAGCGAAGCUCAAGCUCUCCCGGGAUGGCAUGAAAGUACUGUGGCCUCAGCCCACGGACAACCCUGAGGAUCCUCAGAACUGGAGCAAGCGGCGCAAAACGAUACAGAUGAUAGUGAUAACGCUUGCCGCCAUCGUACCUGACUUUCAGAAUGGCGUAGGCACAGCAUGCCUCUUCCCGCUCGCUAGGCAGUUUAACACAACUACAGGCGAGAUCAAUGACCUGACGAACAACUGGAGCGUUUUUCUACUUGGUUGGGGAAGUGUCUUGGCAGUCAUAUUGAUGCGCCGGUACGGACGCCUCCCGAUUCUGUUCUGGUCGCAAGUUUUCGGCCAGGCUUUCAUGAUAGGGGCGACGUUUGCACCGAACUUAGCUACAUUUGCAGCCAUGAGAUGCCUCAAUGCCUUCUUCGCGACCGCUCCGCAAGUGACCGGUCUUGCUGUGAUAACGGAUAUGUAUCCCUUCCACCUUCAAGCUCGGAUGCUCAACAUAUGGACGAUGGGCUUCCUCAUGUCCCCGUUCUUGUCACCUUUCCUGUUCAGCUUCCUUGUCGAGAACGCUAGCUGGAGAUGGGCCUACGGUAUCGGUAGCAUCUAUGGGGUCAUCGUCUUGGCGCUAAUCGCUGUCUUCGGACGUGAGACGAUGUAUGAUCGCACCCUCAAACCUAUACCAAUACGUCCCCCACCAUCGCUGCACUACCGUGUUGAUACCUUGAUAGGUCUCACUGGCAUGCGCAUGGCGAAGCAUCGCUCGACCUUGUGGGACGCGUUCUUGCAGUUUCUCAAGCUCAUCUGGCGCCCGCACCUCUUGGGCAUUCUCAUCUUCGAAGCCGCUCUGUUUGGUUUCAGUAUCGGUAUCAACGGUACCAAUGUCGUCUUCCUGGGAAACCCGCGGUCGGAGGGCGGCUUCGGCUUCUCUCAGCCGGCCAUUGCUGGUAGCUAUGCCACGCCGAUGGUUGCCGUGGUACUGGGUGAAGUCUUUGGACGAUACGUGAAUGACAAGAUUCAGACAGUAUCCAUCCGCAGGAACCAUGGUGUCUUUGAGGCGGAAGCCCGUUUAUGGGCAUGUUAUAUCGCCGUCCCCUUAUACAUAUGCGGUUCCGUCCUUCUGGGAGCAACAUUCCAGAACCACCUCCAAACUGGUGCACUCGUCAUGGGCUGGGGUAUCACCGAAUUCUCUAUCAUGACUGGUACCGUCGCUGUCUACGCGUAUCUGAACGACUGUUUCCCGCGCCAUCAAGGCGAAAUCUCUGCAUUGAUCAAUCUUGCGCGUGUCCUCGGCGGUUUCUCGGUAACGUUCUUCCAAUUGCCCUGGGCAACGAAAGAGGGCGCACUGCAGACAUUCGGAUGCGAGGCUGCCGUCGUGGCGGGACUUUUCUUGAUCUUUGUGCCAGUCAUCCAGUGGAAGGGUCGCCAGAUGAGGAGACGGUACUCUAUGUGA